AAAGCUCGGAUCAGUUCCAUAGCGAUCGUCAACGAAAUAGCGUGCGAAGCGGUCGGUUUUAUUUUGCCCUGCACUUGUGUGUGUUUAUAUCUACUGGCUUGAGCAGCAGCAGCAACAGCAGCAGCAGCAGCUGAUGUGGAACAUGGCGCACCAAUUGGCUGGCCAAUAAAUUAACAUAGAGGAGCUGAACAAGCCAAACCGAAAGUGUCACGACGACGACGGCAACAACAAGUAGAACCCGAUAAACGUGCCGCACCACAAAUCGACAGAGAGACAAUCGAAACAGAAUAUAAAUUGCAAGUGAAAUUUGAAAAUAAAAGUAAAAACCAAAACACGCACACACGUAGAAGAUAACCGGAAAUCAGUUAAGAGCAGGAGCAACAACAACUAUGUAUCGGCCAAAUUUCUACGAGUCGACCUGCCUGCGGUGCAGCGAGACCGUCUAUCAGGUGGAUCGCGUGGGGCCACUCAAGGAUUUCACAUUCUUUCAUUCCGGUUGCUUCAAGUGCGUCCAUUGCGGCACCAAGCUGACGCUCAAGACAUAUUUCAACAAUCAGCACAAGCAGGACGACAAAGAGGUCUAUUGCAGUUCACAUGUACCAAAGAGCGGACCCGGCCAUCUGGACCAGACAGCGGUGGGCAUUCGGCAGGCCUUGAAUGCGCCGCGCACCAACAAAUUCGUGAACGAGCAAAUACGCGGCACACGCACCGAAAUCGAUGGUGUUGGCGUCGGCGGCGGCCUCGGCUCGCGCCAAUCAACGCCCAAUGGCUUUGGAGGCGGCGGGCGGGAGGUGAGCUCCCCAUCGCAAAACGAUUCCGAUUACAAAUAUGGACGCUUCGAUGCGAGCGCUUUGCAUAUUGCGCAUGCUCUAAAGCAAACCGAAGUACAAAAGGCCUACAACAAGGCGCGCGAGAAGCCAAUUGAUUUCUACCUGGCUCGCGAGGAGCAGGCGCACCUGGAGAUGAAGCAUCGCAAGGAGGAGGACGAUCUGUAUCGUAAGUUUGCGCGCAAGCGCGAGGAGGAGGAUCGCAAGAUACAAAACGAAUUCCAGGACGAAUGGGAACGUGAGCUGCAGCGGCUGACGCACAAGUUCGAGAAGGAGCUGGCGACGUCGCGUCGCAAUCGGGACGAGGCCAACAUCCUGACGCUGCGCCACGAACAGCAAAAGGAGGACCUCGAGAAGAACAUGACGCUGCGGCGCAGCAAGAAGAAGGAGAGCAUCACACGGAAAAUGCUCGAGCACGAGCGCUACGAGACGGCCGCCCUGGUCGAUCGCCAGUCCAGCGAAAUGCUGGAGCUGAUCAGCGCCCGACGCUCCGAGUACAUGCAGAGCGAGAGCAUCUUUCUCGACGAUGAGUUCAGCGAGGGCGCCGUCCCCAUUGAGUAUCCAUUGAAUGCGCCUGUGCCGGCGCCGCCGGCAGUUAGCAAAUUUCAAAUCUACACGGAUCCCAUUGAGUUCGAGGAUGUGGAUCGCAUUGCCAUUUCGGUGGCGCAGGAGGAUCAGAAGACGUUCACGGAUCUGGUGCGGCAGCUCGUCGGCCGCUGCACCACGGACAUCGAGAAGGCGCGCACCAUCUUCCGCUGGAUCACGGUCAAGAAUCUGAAUGCCAUGCACUUUGAUGACGAUCUGCGCGGCGAUACGCCGAUGGGCCUGCUGCGCGGCAUCAAAUACGGCACGGAGAGCUACCAUGUGCUGUUCAAGCGCCUCUGCAGCUAUGCGGGCCUCCACUGUGUGGUCAUCAAGGGCUAUUCGAAGAGCGCCGGCUAUCAGCCGGGCGUCAAGUUUCAGGAUUCACGUUUUCGCAACUCCUGGAAUGCGGUCUAUGUGGCCGGCGCCUGGCGUUUUGUCCAGUGCAAUUGGGGCGCACGCCAUCUGGUCAAUGCCAAGGAGGCGCCCAAACAGGGACGCGGCAAGAACGACAGCCUGCGCUAUGAGUAUGAUGACCAUUAUUUUCUGACGGAUCCGCGCGAGUUCAUCUACGAGUUCUAUCCGCUGCAGGAGGAGUGGCAGCUGCUGAAGCGACCCAUAACGCUGCGCGAAUUCGAGAAUCUGCCCUUUGUCCGUUCGCUGUUCUUUCGCUAUGGCCUCCACUUUGCGGACGAGGGCUACGGCGCCGUUGUCUUCACGGACGACACGGGCGCCGCCACCGUGCGCAUCGCCAUGCCCACGGACAUGCAGAGCUGCCUGAUAUUCCACUAUAACCUCAAGUUCUAUGACAGCGACGAGGAGCUAUCCUACGAUGGCGUCUCGCUCAAGCGCUUCGUCAUGCAGUCCGUCAUUGGCAACAUUGUCGCGUUCCGCGUCCAUGCGCCCUGCUCGGGCGCCUUUCUGCUCGACAUAUUCGCCAAUGCGGUGACGCCGCAGGAAUACCUGACCGGCGAGCCCAUGAAGUUCAAGUCUGUGUGCAAGUUCAAGAUCUGCUGCGAGGAGCUGCAAACGGUGAUGGUGCCGCUGCCGGACUGCGCCAGCGGCGAGUGGGGCCCCACCAAGGCGACGCGCCUCUUCGGACUCAUACCCAUUACACAUCAGGAUCCGCUCAUCUUUGCCGGCCGCAGCUUGGAUCUGCAGUUCCGCAUGUCGCGCCCGCUGACCGAUUUCAUGGCCACGCUGCACAAGAACGGCAUCGAGGAGAAGAAACUGGCCAAAUAUGUCACGCACAGCACGCUGGAUGACAUUGUCACGUUCAUCAUUAACUUUCCGGAGGAGGGUCAAUAUGGUCUGGAUAUAUAUACGCGUGAGCUGGGCGCGCCGCAGCAUCAUCACCAUCACAAUAAUAAUAACAAUAACAACAAUAAUAAUUCCUCAUCCGGCGAGAAGCAUCUGCUGACGCACUGCUGUAAAUAUUUAAUCAACUCCUCCAAGCGGAAUUAAGUUUGUUAUAUGAAUUUGUUGAAAACGCAAACAGAAUGCAAUAUUAAUUAAUAGUCUAGUUAAUAAGCAGCUACUAAAAGUCUAUAUAUAUAUAUAUGUAUACAAAUAUGUAUACCAUGCACCACUGUGCGUGCAGGUGCUAAAGAUAAUGCAUGCCUGAGUGCAUCCACUUAAAUAUCUGCCCAUCUAUAUAUCCUGCUCAAACACAUUUGUUAAUCCACACACAGGCUACAUCAUAUUAUAUAUCUUAACGAAUUGGCAGCUAUAUAUAUAUACAUAUAUAUUAAUCGCAUCGAAUUGAAUUAUGUAAAUACUCUAGACUCUAAUCAUUAGACCUUAAAUGACCUAGCAAUAUGCCUGGAGUAAUCCAAUUUUUGAAUACGUGUUGUACUUAAUGAUUAAUGCCUAAUAAUUUAUUAUUGAAUUAAAAACGUCGCGAUGUUUUGUCCUUAA